CUCAGUUCUGUCCACGGUCUCGUAGUUGUCAGUGCUAUACCGUAAACGAGGUAGACCUAGGCCUGAAUGUAUUUUGCACACCGGAGUAUCUGCAAACAUCCAACAUGGGGACUACUAUCAUGAGAGUUGGAAUAAUCUGCACCGUUCUACAGCUGUUCUUAACUAUAGCCACAGCGCUUCAACCCGAAAUAUGCAUUGCUUUCGUCGAAUCUGAAAGUGCCAGUUACGACUUUGUACUACGGUGCAACUUUACAAAUGCACCAAACGUUACCAACAUCACCUGGUCAUAUCCCGCUGCAUCGCACAUUGAUGAAUCCAACCGAUUCAAUGUAAUAACCACAAACGAGGAUGACGACCAGUCCCACUUUACUGAACUUAGCGUCUAUAACUUUAACGAUAGUAUCGAUGAAGGGGAAUACUAUUGCAUUGGUGAAGAACAUGGCGGGGAUAUAUUAUUUGGAGGACAGUUUCUCAUCAACGCAUGUGAAGAUAUAACAAUGGACCCGGCAUUUAAUGAGAUUGAAAAUUUGCUUGAUGAGAAUGAGGAAUUGAAUGUUGAAGAGGCAGAUACUAUACUAACGCUUGGAAAUGAUUUGUACGACACUUACGACUCGUCAGAGUUCAAGCAAGAAGUGGUGAAAGUGUUUGUUAAAGUAGUACAACAGAUAUCGAACCUGAAUUUCACUGAACAGAAUGAAACGAUUGACAUACUCGAUCAAUAUCUUGAAUUAUCAUCCGAGACCUUGUCGAUAGAUACGAUAGAGGAUAAUGACUUUUCAGAUGUUAUUCAUUCGAUGGAAAAAACGUUUACAAAUGCCCUGGACGUCCUCGAUGAAGACACACCUCCUGUCGUCAUCAAAAGUCCUAAGGCAGAGGUCUACCUUGCUGUAUUCAAGAAAGAAUCAGAGGAUGAUGACGUAAUCGAUUUGUCAACGAUAGGCGUAUCAGAUGAUGAAGAAAAGGAACAGAACACACUUAAAAUGGAUAUUUCAAGUAUUCCAGAUGAUAGUAUGAACACUUCGGAUGUCAAAAAAACUAAAAUUGAAGUGGCCAGCAGUAUCUUGUCAAUACGGUUAACGAGCGAUGGGCAAGUUGUAUCUAUCCCUGUCAACUUCACUCUUGUUCAUGACACAGUAAAUAUGACGGUCCUUAAAAGUAAUGAAAAGCAGGCGUCCUUUACGUGUUCGUUCAUCGAUCAUACGAAGGACCAUUUGUAUUGGAGUGCGUUUGGAUGCGUAACGUCAACAGCUAAAAAUAGUCUUCAAUCUAACUGUAAUUGUAACCACACGACAAGCUUCGCAGUAUUGAUGAAAGUUACAAAUGACGAUGUGACUCCGCCUCCCCAUGAAACCGCCCUCUCUUGGAUAAUGUACAUCGGUUGCGGUGUAUCGAUUUUUGCGCUCUCAAUAGCUCUGGCUACCUUCUCUUAUGUAGGAGUGACGGACAGAAUCAAAAUCCAUAUUUGUUUGUGUGCGACGCUUUUAGUUGCUGAACUGCUAAUGUUGUGUGGUAUCAAUAUGACGGAACCUCCAGUUUUAUGUACAGUUAUCGCCGUGAUUUUGCACUUUUCCUUUCUGUCUGUGUUUGCUUGGAUGCUCGUGGAGGGCAUACAUAUGUAUGUCAUGAUAAUUAGAGUGUUCGGUAGCGAGAACAUAAACUUCAACUAUUACUUCGUUAUCGGCUGGGUUUUUCCGAUGAUUGUUGUUGGAGCCUCUGUUGGAGCAAAGCUUGAUGGAUACGGUACCAAAAACAGCUGUUGGCUCGACGUUGAAUCUGGACUGAUUUGGGCGUUUGUUGCUCCGUCUAUUUUCGUCAUUGUGGUUAACUUUCUUAUACUUAUUCGGGUUGUGACCAUCAUCAAAAGAGCAGCGAGUAUCUCCGAUGACGAAAUGUUGAAAGUGAAAUCAACCAUCAAAGGUAUCGUAGUUCUCCUACCCAUUCUCGGUGUCACGUGGGUGUUCGGAUUGUUUGCUAUUGGCUCAGCAACAUUGCCGUUCCAGUACAUCUUCUCGAUCCUGAACUCUCUCCAAGGCCUAUUUAUCUUCAUCUUUUACUGCCUGAUGAAUUCAGAGGUUCGUUCGUCUUUCGAGCGGAAACGCAAACAGCAUCAGCUGAACAACAGAGAUCUCAACUCUACAUUUGAUGAAUCGCGAACAGGAAAAACAACGAAACAAUCAAAGGUGACGGCGGUCUCGUUGACCCAGCUUCAAAGUACUGACGACAAGAAAGAUGUCAUCUCCAUUACAGUAGCCAAGAACAAGGUGGAUAAACGGAAAUGUUUUUUUUAAUGAAUAAUCUACAAGUAACAUCAAGCAGUCCGGUCGUUCACAGCAAGCAUCAGUCGAUGAAAAUACAUCUUUUUGGUGUGACUUUCAAAAGUAUAGAGAAUUAAAUCGCUUCUGAAGGGGGAACUAAUUUUUGGCGCUUUGGAUGGAUUGGAUAUUUUAUGCUGUGUUGAUAUUUUUACUAUUUAUUGUAAAAUAAUGUAUUUAUGGAGUUUGAUUCGUGAAAUUUUAACAUCUUUAAAUAUUUUUCUGUAUUAUCUUACGUGUAUAUUGUUUAUGUGGACUGUCUUUUUUUAAAUUGUAAAUAUUGUGCAGGAAAGUUGAUUAAAACAGGCAUUAGCAUCUGCCUGAAAAUGUAUACGUGGUAAAAAUUUUCUAGAUAAAAAUAAAUAAUAAUUUUUGAUCUAACUGAUCGCUAAAAUCAAUUUUGGCAAAUGAUUCUUGUCAAUGCAAUUUAUAUUUCAUGUGUUUUUCUGGGUAUAUUGGCAUGGGUUCCGGUACGUUCUGGCUGAUGCUACCCGCCAUGUUUUUCACCCUACUUGUUGCUACCUUAGGCUAGACCAAUUAUCACAUGACUUUUUAUCACCCGGCCUUUUGCCCGAAGUUAGGUCUAUGAUAAUUAAUUAGUGUAUCGAUAGUUAAGUUGUUAAGUUUGUUCAUAAAAUUUGUUUACAGGACGUCUCCGUCUAAUUAAAAACCACCUCAAUGGACCUUUCCGCUAAGCUCCGCCCCUUGGAUUUUGUUGCUAAGGUCCCACAAGACGGCAGUGUUAAAACAUACGCGAACACGUGCGUUUGUGGGACAACACGUGUGUUUGUAAGACGCGCGCGUAUUCCUAGCGCUGUUCUGAUUAGUCAGUUGUUAAGUUUGAUUGACACUUCGGAAAGGUCUAUUAAUGUUCAUAUUCGCUCAUUAAACACCACUUUCUUU